AUGGCGGACAAGCAAACCGUCGCUGUCGUCGGCUCGGGCAUGGCAGGCCUGGUCACUGCGUUUCUUCUUCAACAGGACAAGAAGGGCCGAUAUGAUGUGCAAUUGUUUGAGACACAAGAUCACCUCUCUCUAGACUCUGCCUCCUACACCAUCACAAAAGACCAUGGCCACGACUCGACGCCUUAUCGCAUUGACCUACCCAUGCGCGCAUUCGAUGAUAACUUUCACAAUAACCUGAAACGCAUGUACGAUUACUUCGGGAUACAAUAUGGGACAAAGAAGUUCAUUUAUCCGUUGACGACACUCUCCGGGAGAAGCACACCGCAUUUCAUUUACUCGUCCGCCAACCACCAAAUACCUCCGAUCCGCCCACCAACGAGCAGCUACGCCGGCUGGAUUCUAGAAACGGUAUAUCUGGGACUCUGCUAUUUCUGGCUCACGCUAUGCUGUUUAUUCGUCCAGUCCAAGGAAGCCACCGCGCACAACGAAGAGGAGUCCCUCCGCCAGUAUCUCGAACGCAUCUGGUUGCCAUACUACUUUAUCCGAACAUAUAUUUGCCCCAUGCUCACGAGUAUCACGACCUGCUCGCACGAGGAGCUUUUGAACUUUCCGGCGAGGGAUUUUGUGGAAUUCGCGAAAAAGACAUACCGCCGGCCACGGUACUACGUCACCGGUGGCGUUCAGCACGUCCAAGCUACCAUCGCCAAAGGUCUGUCCGUUAAACUUCGCACUACUGUCACUUCCGUGGAACAUAGCGGUACGAAAGCAUGCGUUACGUGGGUCGAGGAGGGGAAGGAGGACUCCGCUAUGUUCGACCAUGUGGUCAUGGCAGUGACCCCGAACGUUGUCGGCGCGAUAUACCAACCUCUUCGCAAUGCGAUGAAGUCAAUACCCGUUGUUCCCGUUCAAUCGAUUAUCCACCGCGACGAAACUAUUAUUCCCGAGUGUGGCGAGGAGACGAGAAUCCAAGCCACCAAGCCAGACAACCAACGUGAUGUCUUGCACAUCUGCUCCGAUGCCACUGCCACGGAAACACAUCACGAACACCUAUCUUCUGUCUAUGUUACGAACUUCCCCAUCUCCCCUAUCGAUCCAUCGAAAAUCAUUCAUCACGUACAAUUCUCGCGGACACUGCGAAGCGUGAAGAGCAGACGCAUCGUCAAUGGGUUAAUGGGUAAUGGCAUACCCAUUGGCCAGGUCGAGAAGGAACAGCUCUGGCGCAAUGGCGACGGAAAUGUCUGGCUCGUGGGGUCUUGGUGUUAUGAUGGCAUGGUGUUGCUUGAGGGGUGUAUGGAGUCUGCGAUGAAGGUGGCAGGCAGCUUGGGUGUUGAAGUGCCGUGGGCGGAGAAAAGUGAUUGA